UCUCUCGCUCUUUGAGUAGAGGAAGGGGUGGUCCAGUUAGUCUCAUAAACCAUUGAAUCCAAAGGCAGUGAGGUUUGAGAAGAGCACAGGUCACAGCAAGAGUUUACAUUUACACUCAGGACUGAGUUUCUUCAGCCAGGUUUGCCAGCUCACUUCACAGAAGCCUGGAGAGGAGCUGCUCUUUUCCCCCAGACUCUGAGGAACCCGGGUCAUACCUCUCUGACUCGCACUGACACGCAGCCAUGUGGGGCUGCGUCACUGACUUCUUCACCUACGAGACCACCAAGUCUGUGGUUGUCAAGAGCUGGUCUGUGGGCAUCAUCAACCGCAUCGUACAGGGGUUCAUCAUUGCAUAUUUUGUCGGCUGGGUCUUCAUCCAUGAGAAAGCUUAUCAGGUGAUCGACACUGGAAUUGAGUCUUCCGUGAUGACCAAAGUCAAAGGUUUUGGUUACCAUCACGGCCGUGUGAUGGAUGUGGCCGAUUAUGUCUAUCCCCCACAGGGAGCAGGUGUGUUCUGCAUCAUAACCAAACUCAUCAUUACUGAAAAUCAAUACCAAGGAAGGUGUGCAGAGACUAUUAGGAAGUUCAAUUGUUCAACUGAUAAAGACUGCCAAAAGCAUUUUGAUUCCAUCCUCACCAACGGGGCAGUAACAGGCACUUGCCUUCAAGACAGUGGCAUGUGUGAGAUUGAUGGAUGGUGUCCAGCUGAGGACGACGAUGUCCAAGUUGCACCGAUGCUUGACGUGGAAAACUUCACCAUUUUCAUUAAAAACAGCAUCCGCUUUCCACUCUUCAAUGUCACCAGAGGAAAUUUCCCCUCAACAAUGACAGCCGCAGAGAUCAAGAGGUGUACCUACCACCCGGAGGACCGCCCCUUCUGUCCCAUCUUUCGGGUUUCGGACAUACUGAACUACACGGGGCAGACUGUGCAGAGCCUGGCAGAAAAGGGCGGAGAAAUAGGAAUUAACAUUCAAUGGAAGUGUAAUCUGGACCUGAACAUUAAGCAUUGUGUGCCCCAUUACUCUUUUACACGCUUGGAUGCACCAUUUGAAAAGAAUGCCAUCUCUAAAGGAUACAACUUCAGAUUUGCCAAAUACUUCAAAACAGAGAAUGGUACAGAAUUUCGAACUCUUCACAAAGCCUACGCAAUCCGCUUCGAUGUCAUGGUCACUGGAAAUGCAGGAAAAUUUGACACAAUCCCAACUCUGAUCAACUUGGUCGCCGCCUUCACGUCUAUUGGACUGGGUACAGUCCUCUGUGAUAUUAUCUUACUGAACUUCCUGAAGGGGGCAGAUCAGUACAAAGCCAAGAAAUUUGAAGAGGUGUCAGAUGCUCAGAUAGAAGCCAGCCUCACUCAGAGCCCAGGUAGCCAGCUGUCACUCAAACCAGGUAUCAAGAGCUCCUACGACUCAGGAGCCAUUUCCCUCACCACCUCUGACCAAGCCAUGUGACUGAUAAGAGACAGUGACGCCAGUCUAAAGAAAUGGACACUCUUCUUUUUCCCGCUCUCUAUGUACCCUUCAAGAGAGAUCCGUGCAGCCUUUCCUAAAUGUCAUUAGCUUGGCAAGUCUAUGCACUUGGGUAAUGAAGGACAACGUUGCUGCCACUUUCACAGCGUCAACACGAGAAGCUGCAGUCAAAAGAGACACAAGAGAGAUUUAAGACUAAAACACCUCUUAUUUGAAACACAUUUAUUCAAGCACAUACAAAAACAUAACCUCUGCCAUAUUUAUUAUUAGCAGUUUUACUUAACCAGCAUUUUAACAACAAUAAAGUGUAACCUCAUGUUAACGCCAUUAGAGCCAUUCAUUAUAAAAAGCUGUAUAAAUCGGCCUCUUGUUCCUAGUUAGCUUCGCUGGGAUGAUCCAGCUUAUAAAACAUGUUGUCCACACAAACUCAACACUGCCAAAUAAAACCAACUGUUGGAGCAUUUCUCUUGAUCACCAUGUUCACACAUUUAUCAACUGCUUUUUUUCCUUCUUCUUCCUGCACAAAUAAAAAGCCCUGAAGGCUCCAAAUGUAAAAAUG